CCCAUUCUCUCUCUCUCUCUCUCUCUCUCUCUCUCUCAAAUCCCUACCUCUCCCCCCACUUCUCUCUAUAUCUAUCUCCGUCUCGCUCUGUGUGAGUUUCUGUUUAUUACUCUCUCUCUGGAUAAAUGGGGAGGGACGAUCUGUGCAUCACGGUACCGAGCUUCUUCAGGUGCCCGAUCUCACUAGACGUGAUGAAAUCCCCUGUGAGCCUGUGCACCGGCGUGACCUACGACCGGUCGAGCAUCCAACGGUGGCUCGACGGUGGUAACAACACGUGUCCGGCCACGAUGCAAGUCCUCCAGACGAAGGACUUCGUCCCCAACCACAACCUCCAGCGCCUCAUCCGGAUCUGGUCCGACUCCGCCCUUACCCGCCGGCCAUCCGACCCGACCCGCACCAACCCUCCCCCUCACAUCACCCGAGACCAAGCUCGAUACCUUAUCACUGAAAUCCAAAACCCUAACCCUAAUCCUAAUCUCUUCGACGCCAUAACCAAGCUCGUCUCGUUCGCGAAAGAUUCCGAUCAGAAUCGGAAGUUGCUCGCCACAACCGACAGAUUCUUACCUGUCCUCGUGGAGAUCUUAACUAACAGUAUCAGCAGUAUUAUGAUUAUUGGAAAUAGUAUGAAUUAUAUCGAGGAAUUGUUUGUUCUUCUGGAAUUGGUCCUACGCGAGUACAGAGAUCGCGACAGCGUAACCAAAUCGAUCGUGGCAAAACGUGACCCUGUAAAUUCUUUGAUGAUUUCGGUGCUAAAGCAAGGGAGUCUAGCUUCGCGAGUAGCCGUCGCUAGGGUCUUGGAAUCCAUCGCGACUGACGCCGAUCAGUCCAAGUCGUUCUUCGCCGAGCAGAGCGAAUGCGAUGACGUCGUGUGGGAAUUGUUCCGGUUAAUGAGUACAGAAUCGGAUUCGGUUGCGAUUGAAGCUGCCCUGUCUGCCUUGAUUUGUGUGGCGAAAUUGAAACGGAUUCGAGUGCGGUUAGUACGGCUGGGAUGCGUAAAAGCGUUGGAGAAGCUGCUGUGCAAUCCGAAUUCGAGCGCAGGGGUGAACGAGAGAGUGUUGAGGUUACUGGAAACGGUGUCGUCGUGCAAGGAAGGGAGGGCGGAGAUGUGCAGGGACGAGGCGUGCGUGUCGGCGGUGGUGAGGAGGAUGCUGAAGGUGUCGGCAGCCGCGACGGAGAGCGCGGUGGCGGUGCUGUGGAGCCUGUGCUAUUUAUUCAGGGAGGAGGCGGCGGCGGAGGCGGUGGUGAGGAGCAACGGGUUGACAAAGAUCCUGCUGAUAAUGCAGAGCAAUUGCUCGCCGGCGGCGAAGCAGAUGGCCGGGGACUUGUUGAAGGUGUUCAGGGUGAAUUCGAAGUCGUGUUUGUCGAGUUAUGAUACCAAGACUACCCAUAUCAUGCCUUUCUGAUUGUGCAAGUGCUUGGUACACUUGUUUUUUUUGUUUCUUGUUUUUGUUUUUGAUGGGAAAGGAGGGGCUAUGGGGAAAGAGUACUCUGUAAAUCGAAAGCAAUUUUUGUUUGACAAGUUAUAGUAAAACAAGAGAAGAUUCGUUUGUUUUUA